AUGAGCGCCGGUGUCUCUGCCUCGACUACGGGCGUUUACUCUUUCCCUUUGCUUAAGCCCCGUGAGAUCUUUGCAUGUCUGCGCGAUAUGCGUGUGCCUGUGUCUGAAGACGAUAUUCGAGCGUGUGACAUAGGUGCUGUACGUAAGGUGCUUGAGGCCUUUAUUGAAAGCAUCAUGGGCGUGACACGCGAAGACAUGGCACAAAUUGCGUUCCCAGGAUUACCCAUCCUUACUUUUCCUGAACUACAUUCUGAAUCCGUUCCAGAACUUACAUUCUAUCGUACAGCGCAGCGACUCCUAGCAGCCAGUGGUGUCGACGAUUUUGGGCUGCGUGAUGUGCUCCACCCGACGCCCAAACGCGUAAGACGCCAGCUCAGUGCGCUUAUUAAUUUUGGCAAGUUUCGUGAUGAACGACUUGUCGCAUUUAGUGCUACAACGAGUCAGACGGAUGAGCUACUAGCUCAGAAAAAGGCAUUGCAGGAGGAAAACGCAGCACUCCAGCGAGAGCUUGACCAGCUCAUUGAAGAGCAGAAAGCCGAAGAACCUGCUCGACUACAGCUUCAGGAAGAGGUGAACGAAUUGGAGAAAGAGAUCAAUGUGUUGAAUAAGCAACAAGCAGUGAUGCGUGUAGAGACAGAUGAGCUGAAAGCCAAGCGUGCUAAGAUGGAGGACGACGUGUCAUCAGUUCGGUUCAACAAAGUCGAAGCCGAAGAGACAAUUGAGAAACUUAAAGCACUGAUUAUUACGUCGCCUGACAGGGUUAAAGGAGAACUCAAUUCGAUUGGCGCGACGCUUGAAAAAGCCAGAGACGAUCUACAUGAGCUGGAAGAGAAACACGCAGCGGUGCUGGAAUUUAUUGAAAUUUAUGAACGAGCUGAGAAGGAGCUUGCGAGGACUUUCACCCUACUGCUCGAGAUCGAUAAGGAAAUGCAGGCAUGCAAAGAGGUAAAACACCAGGUAAAGGACACAUCAAAGCGCAUUAGUGAGCUGCAAUUCUGCACAGCCGAGACAAUUACGCGUCGUCAGCGUUUGGAAAAAUUACUGGAGCUCAAAACGCGGGAACUGUCACGACACAUUGAAGAUGCACGUGCGAAGGAUGCUAUCGCAUCAAAAGUACUUGAUAGUGCUCGCAAUGAGUUAUCAAAGCUGCAAGAAGUGCACAAUGAGGUUCGUCAGCGUAUUGCGCAGAACACUGAAGCCACUCGCAAGUUAGAAUUCAAGAUGAUGGAGGAGGAAGCUGAAUAUCAAAAGGAGCUGAAGGAAUUAGAGCAGAUGUAUGCCCGUCUUCAUCAAGCCGCGGAAUACUACAACCAGCAGGCCAAUGUAAUCAUAGAAAAUGAAGCAUACUUUAUCCAUUGA